UGUCGUGGCCGCUGGAAAUUACAUACCUAAUUCAUGAUCAAUUUCAUUUGCACAAUCAAAUUCAUUUCACUUUUCAUACAACUGACGUGGGCCGGGAGUCGUUAUUACAAAGAUCUGCAGUAUGGCUACGUUUCUUUUGCCGGUUCAACUAACGAAAACGAAAUAAUGACAACAUUAAUUUAAGGUUAUUGUGUACUAAUCAAAACAAUAACAAAACUUAAAGUAAAAUUAUUUAUUGUGCUUUUCACUUACAAGCAUAAUAUGACAACGAACUGCGUAUAUUGUAACGAAGAAGAAGAUAAACAACUACAACCGGGCUUAGUAUGCGAGAGCUGUUUCUGUUUCGUGCAUUUAAAAUGUUUGCGCAAUGCUGGAACUCCUGGCGAUUUCGUAUGCGAUGUAUUCUUCGAUUUUACAUGCGAGGAUUGCUCUUCCGAUAAACUUGAAGUCUUUGUCAGGAACAAAUUUCCUUGGGUAAAUGUUAUAUACUUGACUCUAAAUCAUUUAAACUGUCACUCAUACGGGAUCAGUAACAGAGGUUAUUUCCACUACAAAACUCAUAUUUGUUCAUUCAUAGAUAGAAAUUGGCAGGCACUGUUUGGAUCAAAUUCGAAACAGAAAAAAAAUUGGAUUGGCACUAUAGCAGGAGUCUUAUCUAUAUAUAAUAAGCUAGUCUUCAAAUCUGGUUCGGCAGAUCUCGGAGAAAUGGGCUGGUGGAAAUUGCAGCAUAACUUCUCGCCUGCUGUGGCAGCACAUAUAAUUCAGGAGGUUGCUCGAGAUAAGCCACUGGGAAUGUCAAGGAAUCAACUGACACUUGAUAACACCUUUUUUAUCAGCAGGAUCACAAACAUGGGCUACAAAGAUUACAUAAUUGAAGAGAAAGAUUCAGAGAUGAGCGCACCAGCGCCUAAUAAGAAAAGACGCCUGGAGCCACCAGAACCAAGUGUCUCCGACUUCCAGGAGCGAGAUUCUAAUAGCAGGUUGGAUAAUUUAGAAGAAUGCGUCUACGAAGACAGCUACAACAUGGACGCAACUGAGGGCUCCUACCCAGAACUAGAGUUCAAAGAGUUCGACUUCACGCCGACAAGCCAAAUACCGAAUAUGCAGAGUGACACCUCAAGCGUAACCUCCUUCCAGCAUACGCUCUUCUUCUACGACUCUGACUCCCGAAGCGGCUCAGAACAAGAAAAGAAACUGGAAACAAAACCAAAAAAGACAGAAGAGAAACCAGUAAGAAGAGAAUCUCUUUUCUCUACCGAACUCAAUUCAGAGGAUCUGCCGUGGACGACGACUCCUCGCGCGGAGACGAACGUGGUGGAAAUGACUCAAUACGAAGAAGUACAGCUCUUGAAGCAGAUCGAAGGGCUGGUGACUAAAGUAAAGGACUCUGCAAGACGAGCCUCUCUUCACAGGCUGAAGGCAAAACUGACUCUGCGCAGGCUGAAGAGACACAAGCAUUUACCUAUAUUCACUUUUGACAAGACGGUAAAGUUGCUGAGCGGUCACGCCGCUGAGGAUCCGCGGCAGGUCAACAACGUCGAGAGAGUGCUGGACAGGUUCCAGAGAUCGUUCCUUAUGGAUAACCUCUGCGGUACUAUAGCAAGUACAACCCACGGAACCCUCCUGCUGUCGCGCAUGGAAGCCCUGCCCUUCAGGUCUCCGUACUCCGGAGUCACCCUCAAGCCUUACAUAAGACGGGACACCGAAACCUGCACCACCUGGAUGAAGCUAAUGGACGAGCUGCUGAGGAAAACUCACAGGCACAUAAAAGACUACGAGCCACCCGCACGCAUGUCCAUUGACUACUCCUACGUCCGUCCGCAGCACAUCGCUGCAGUCAAUAAUUUAUGUGCCCAAUUCUUCUGGCCCGGGAUAGACUUAACUGAGGCCCUGCAGUACCCAGAGUUCAGCUGCGUAGUGACGUACGGACGCCUGGUCGUGGGCUGUGCCUUCCUGGUGCCGGACGCGGGACAUUCCACCGCGUACAUCUCCUUCGUGCUCACCAGGCCGGAGUGGGGCAGGGCCGGCAUAGCUACAUUCAUGCUGUACCAUCUACUUCAGACUUGCACGGGCCAAGAUAUCACACUGCAUGUGUCACCAACAAAUCCAGCUAUAUUUUUAUAUCAAAAAUUUGGCUUCAAAGUUGAAGAACUUAUACAAGACUUUUAUGAGAAGUACUACGACAUCGAAUACAAGGGAUGCCGGCACGCGCUCUUUCUUCGACUUGUCAGAUAAAUAAAGUAGUACUUUAAAAACCUUUAUUUUAUUUACAAACAAAACCUAAUAGUCUAACUAUCACUUACCUAUUGAACAAACUUCAAAAAUUCAAAAACAAAAGAACUAAACACCUACAUUUCGAUAGAACUUCACGCACAGAUCAGUUGUUUAUUGGUUUACAAUAGAAGAUAGUGAUUUUUUUCUAUUUAGUAAAACCGGUUAAACUAUGUAAUGUUAGGGAUUACUAUUUCAGCAAACGUUUAGAAAAUACAAUAUUUAAAUGCAAAGCCGGUUCUUUUGGUAAGCAGUAUGCGGGAGACCGAAUAGUCGAGAACGUCCUAGACUACACGUUGAAAGAAACUCGGUAUGUUCGAGAAUCGAAACUGGCGCCUGACGGUGCCAUGCGAUACACGAAACUACUUGUGAAACUGCGGCCAGCUCGCAGCCCGCUGCUGAUAAACCGGUAUCUAUUGGGAUGUCAGGUGUAAAAUAAAAUAAGCCUAUUCGUUUUAAUACGUCGCGUCGUUAUAUGUCUUUUUAUUUACGUAGGUAAUCAUUCUACAUACUUAGUUUUGUGCUUGAAGUGUAUAAUUCGGACUGAAAGUAAUUAAGGAAAAGGGCAACUAAUAACUAUCAUACUUAAAUAUGAAUGUUACAAAUUUAAUGUUAUUUUUAAAAACCAAACUAUCGUUUCUGUGCCGUAAUAUACUUUAAUGUUACGUUAUGAGUAUUAAAGUACCUAAUAAAGUUCUGAAAGACAAAAAAAAA